CCUUUGAUAAUACAUGUUGAGGACACAGAGGAGAACGCACCGAUUUAUGUCCUGGUUGCUUGCAUUUGGUACAACAGGUAUUGUCUUUAUCCGGUUCUUCAUUAUUCUCUUUCCUUGCUUUCUUCUUUUCCUUCUUGAUUUCAAAAUUCUGUUUGCGUUUUGUGCCUUUCGAACCAACUAUAGGUACCAUGAAGUCGCUUACUAAUGAUGAAUUUACCAACUUUUAAAGCCAC